UCGUUUCCUGGUUCUCUCCGAGCCGUCGCCGUCGCCGCGUCCGUGGAACAAACGCGAAAAGGGCUCGUUGGCACCCGCUUCGGAUUAACCGUCCGGCUCGAUCGUUAACAUCCCCCCGGAGGGUGAUUCACAACGAUGGCGAGUGCCAGCGCCGCCGACAGGGGUGGCGCCUAGCCGAUUGCACCGCCGUCAAAUGCAGUCAAAUCCCAAAUCCGCCUGGCCUUCGAAUGACAACUCGGAAGAUAACGUGAAUUGGCACAACACUAUGGAUGCUCCUCAGUACCCUGGCUACCCUACGAACUACUGGUAUCCCCAGUCCCAUUCCACAGGACACUAUGCAAGUACUUAUCCCUCAGGAUCGGAUGUGCAGCCCCCUUACAAUACACAGGCAAUGCAGGCAGCAUAUCCGAAUGGCCAUGGUGUCUACAGCCCAGGGCAAGGUCAGUAUUCCACAAGUAAUUUCCACCCAUCCAAUCCUUUCUACUGUGCUGACCAGAUGCCUCAAAGACCAGCUGCAGGUCCUUACCCUAACCAGGGUUGUCCAGCUGAGCAGACCACAGGGGGCUCUGGACAGCCACACUCUCAGCACCAGCAUCAUCACUAUCCUGGUCCACACUGCCAAGGGGGACCCACAUAUACUCCUGGAUCAUUUCCUCACUAUAGUGAAGGUGGUCAUGCUGUGCCUACAAAUCCACCAUAUCCCACCAGCCAGUCUCUUCACCCAAGACCCCAGGCUGAAGCUUGGGCACACCCUGGUGGAUAUGGACCCUCACAGCAGCAAUGGCAGCCAGGACAGCCGCCUCCAUCAAACCACUAUGGAAAUCCUGUCCGCCCCCAACAUCCUCCAGCAUGGCCAGGAACUGGGUCAGGUGCACCACCACCCUACCAACCCAAGUCCCUCCAGGACCAACAUCAACGUGCCCCACAGGCGGGGCCUAAACCCCGACAAGCCCCUUCCCCUAGUACCCCCAAUGGAAAGUCUGCAGAUUUCAGUGCUCCUCCUCAAAUGUACAACUUAGUUGGAAGAAGUGGCCUGACGGAGGCAAAUCCUUCACAAGGUGAGUCCCAUCCCUGUGCUCCAGCUCCAGCCUCGAUUCAGACUGGACCCCAGCUUGUGAGCGAUAUCCCCAGUCUGGCUAAGGUCCAGCAGGUUAUGACCAGAGUGCUACUGCUUCAGGAGGAUGUUGAUGAGUUUGUUGGCAAAAAAACAGACAAGAGUUAUCGGUGUCUGGAGGAACUGCUGACCAAAGAGCUUCUGGAGCUGGACUCUGUGGAGACCCAGGGACAGGAGGUUGUUAGACAAGCCCGCAAGGAGGCUGUGCAGAGGAUUCAGGCCAUCCUCGAUCAGCUGGAGAGGAAAGCCUUCUGAAAUGGACUUUGAUUCUGUGGGUCAAUGGGUCUUGCUGUUUCCCUUUCCUUCUUCCUAAUCUUCCACCUACCCAGUGAGGGUCUGCGUUCAGUCAGACAGUGUUAACUGAGCCCUUUCCAUCACCGUAAUAUAAAAAAAUCCUGUAGUUAAUGGCAAGGAUUCAGUGUUGCAAUUUCAUUUAGCAGACACUUUUAUCCAAAGCGAUGUACAUCUGAGCGUUAAUAUAACCCAAGCAAGAAUUUAGUCAGGAGACAACAACGCAAGUAAGUGGAUUCAAGAAUUAUAUGUUCGAAGAAUCCUUUGGAGUCAGAAGACUCAAAGCCUGAUUAUGCUGGAGUAAGGAUGUAAUUUUUUUUUUUUUCCAAUGUGAUGAUCUGUAAACUGAUGGUUGUACAUAUCCUGACUGACUCACCCCUAAGUGAGUUAUUGUACUGGCUACAAAACACUUUGCUCAGCAUAUUCUCUAUGCCAAGCCUAUGCCAGCAAAAUGGGGGGGAGUCACAGGAAGAUGAUUUGUGUAGUGCCACAUUGCAGCACUUAAUAGUCUCUAACCUCAUGAGUUGAUCUGUCCCAAAGUGUCUUGAGACCAGAAUAGAUGUUAUCUGUGUGCUCUCCCUCAGGACUGAGGGUAGUUUGAUGUGACACCCCCCCCCCACACACACACACACACAUCUGCGGUCCACUUGAGCGUUCCCAUUGCUAUGUGUUUAUACUCGUCACAUCCCACUUGCAUGGUCACAUUGUCCUCCCCCAACUGCUAAAUAUUGAGUCAAACACAGUCUGUAUUCACUUAGUAGUCUAUGUAACUGCAGGGAAAAGUCUCGUGCUUUUCUUUUCAAUUGUUCUCUGGCUUGCAUGUACUGAUCUCAAAUCACAGAAAACCACUGUUGAACUGGAUGCCAUUCCGACACCCUAGUCCCCCAGGCCUAUGUAAUAGCUAAUUAGUGAAGCAAUCUCCAACCCAACCCCUGAGGUUUCUGUCCCCAUUACUGCACUUGUGGAGGAUGUUGCUUCCCAAGUACAGACCUAGAAUCAGAUGAAUAUGUAAAUGCGAAGUUUUUUUUUCUCUGUAAUACACGUACAUAGGGGGGAGCACUGGGGAGUUGCUUGAAAUCUUUUCAAUUACAUUUUCCACCCCUUUUUUAGGAUUAAAGGUUUAUACGAGUAAGUGGGUCAACGAAAGGGUGCGUAUUCUCAGAAAAUGAGUGUUUUAAUCCAUGUUUACCCUUUCUAAAUGAAUGAAACGGGGAAGGAUGUAAUUUUCAAGUUUUAAACCAAACUUUUGUACUUCAGGACAAGUUAGCUAUUUGAAAUAGAUAUUAGCGAGAAUGGGAUGUCCUUUUUUUCCCCCCCUGACCUGCUUGAUAUAUUAAUUCAGAAAACGGUGCCAUAUUUUGUGGAAGCUUUUCUAUCAUUAGAAUAAAAAAAAAAUUAAGAUCUCAAACUUUGCAUGGAAGAAGAACAUUUGUCAUAUUUGUUUAUUUCCAGUGCUAUUAACAUUCUGUUUAGAUGGAGUGUCAUUGUACAUUAAUUCAUCAUUAACUGAAAAAUAUAUAUUUGUAAUAUAAAAUCCAUGUAAAAAUUUCAUCGGUAUUACCAGAAGAGGUUCUUGCCUGUAAAUGUUUCAGAUGUAAUGCAUGCUUCCAACACGAGAUGGGAAAACCUGCCUGUCUAGUAUAGAAGUUACCACAGCUCAAAACUAAAGAACAAUUAAAU